UCCUCUACAUGUCCUCAACAUCUUUUUACCUGUAAUUUAUACUAACAGCUGUUUCUGCUCUGCCCCACCUGUCUGACAAAACGUGGUAGUGUCAGUGAUAAACGAAACAUUACCAACUCUCAUUAGGUUCGGAGAAAUAGAAACCGAAAGUUAUUGAGGCAGGAACGGAAAACGAAUCUAAAGCAAAGGGGGCGUGUUGAUCAGCUGAGGCAUUCUGUAUAUAAACUCUGACACACCUGCUGCGAGCAUCAUCUGUUCACCUGUCGCCAUCUCACAAGGCCACUUUCAUCAUGGAGAUAACCGUCACGAUGCUGGGUGGGACGUCCCACACACUGACUGUGUCCCCACAGGACACAGUGGGCUCUUUGAAAAACCUCAUCCAGAAGAAACUACGAGUUCCCCUUCAGGACCAGAAGCUGGUCUUUGUCAGCGGCCAGAAUACAACUCUCAGCGAUGACUCAAAGACUGUCAGCGAAUACGGCUUACAGUCUGGCUCCCAGGUGUCUCUGUUGGUGACCCAGCCGGCUACCAUCCAGGUGUUCCUCAAAAACGACAAGGGGACGAGCAGUGUCUAUGACAUCAAACCCGACGAGACUGUGACAGACUUCACGCAGAAGGUCGGGUCCAGAGAGAAGGUGCCGGUGAGCCAGCUGUAUCUGGUUCACGAAGGCAAACAGAUGACGGAGGGUAAGCUGUCCGACUACGACGUCAAAGCGGGGAGCACCAUCUACAUGUGUCUCCGUCUGAGAGGAGGCUGAGGUCACCGUCACAUGGUUAAUAUAUAAGAAAGUUAAUAUACCGUAUUUUUAUUUAAUAUAAAACGCAGUGUUUUAUUUAUUUGUAUUGUUAUUUCCUCCUCCAUUGUUGUUUCUUCCUCCCGAUUGCAAAAAACUAAAUUUGUAAUAAUAUUAUAAUCUGUCAACUGUUAGCAAAUAAAGUCACUAAUGUGAGUUUA